AUGCACAACAUCACCAAUGAACAGUUUAACAAUUGUAUAACAGCCUUUAAUGAGGUACUCGUAGAAAAUUUAAUUUUUGAUAAAGAGUACACUCUCACUAUCAAGAACAAUUACAUUAAGAAGGUGAAUUUUGACAAGUCCUACUUGUUUACAAGCAUUGAGAUGUCAAAGAAGAUCGAUUCUGAGGUCAUACGAAUUGACUUUACAGUUUCAUAUCAUGACUUCUACCAGGUGCCUAUACUUAACAUUAGGCCGUAUAAGGAUGGUAGCUUUACAGCUUUGAAUGGAAUAGGUUUGCAAAUUGCACCCACGGUAAUUACUGCCCUAACUACACACCACAUUCUACAAAAAACCUGGAUUGAAGUUCAUGCAUGCGAGACAUUAGAGGCAUUACAAACACUACCAGAAAUAUAUGGAACCACAGUCGAUUCUGUGCUAGAAUAUCUAUGUUGUUGGUUUGGAUUCUAUGGUCUUCCAGCCAUCUUUCCAAACAUCAGAUUUAGACCGCACUUAUAUAUGUGA